AUGCAGUAUACACCGUUUGCUUCUGAUAUUGAGCUGCCCUUCUAUACGGCACUGGCCUCACACAAAAUCAACCAUGAUAAGCUGGACGAUUCCGCUCGCUUCGUUCUUGGGCUGUAUGAAAUUCGCUCCACCGACUCAGAGAAUGUUUCGUGUCGCAUGCAAAUCCAUGCAAAUGCUCUGUCAAGUUGCGAGGCGCCGGCGGGUUAUUACCGCGCGGAAGGCAUGAUCAAAAAUGUAAACACGAUCGAAGAGUAUCGCAAUAUGGAUAAGUCACGGAUGAUUCAUCAGGCAGGCCAGACGAUCUGGGAUGCCAUUAACGAUGGGACGAUCUACUCCUGCCCUUCUCUAUUAUCUUCAUUCGUUAUUCUAUCAUUUGCAGACCUGAAGAAGUAUAAAUUUUCCUACUGGUUUGCUUUUCCCGCACUUCACUCGGACCCGUCCUGGAUUCCCGUGAAAUCAAUAGGAUCGUCCAACGAUGAUAUGACCAAAGCAGAAAAGGGGGAGUCCUUAUCUUCUCAGGAAAGCGCCAUGCUUGUGGAUGCAGUUCAGACAUGGAGCUAUGGAGUGGAUGGUCGACAGCACGGAUUUUUUUUAGCUCGCAGGGAGCCAAAGACAUCUAGCAAUGCAACGCGGACCAAGUGGACGAUAGCCUCGUUAUCUGAAUAUGAGAACGGCUUUUUUACUGGUACAGCGCCUGAAAAUCGUUAUGUCUGCUUUGCAGAUCCUUCGAAUUAUGAUAGCGCCCCGGGCUGGAUGUUACGGAAUUUGUUAGUUGUCGUGAAGCAACGAUGGGGCCUUGACCAGGUGCAGAUUCUACGAUAUCGCGAUGUCCCAUCAAGGCGUGACCAGAGCCGCAGUAUCGUGAUUCGGUUGGAGUCAAAACAGACCGCAGACAAUGAAUCUGGCGAUCGCCAAACCCAAAUGCCGAGAAUCACAGGGUGGGAGCGCAACCCGGUCGGAAAACUGUCCGGAAGAACCGUCAAUCUGACAGAGUAUAUGGAUCCUUCAAGAUUGGCAGACCAAUCGGUCGACCUUAAUCUCAAACUCAUGAAAUGGCGGAUUAGUCCAACUCUAGACCUCGACAAGAUCAAGAAUACAAAAUGCCUGUUACUUGGAGCGGGUACACUGGGGAGCUAUGUUGCCCGGAACUUACUUGGUUGGGGUGUCAAGAAAAUUACAUUCGUGGACAAAGGCACCGUUUCAUUCUCAAAUCCUGUCCGACAGCCACUAUUCACAUUCGCUGACUGCCUCAAUGGCGGGGUAUCAAAAGCACACAGAGCAUCGCAAGCUCUGAAAGAAAUAUACCCCGGAGUCGACUCUAAGGGGCAUCUUCUAUCGGUACCCAUGGCGGGCCAUCCUAUCAUAGAUGAGGAAGUCACACGAAGAGAAUUUGUAGCGCUCCAGGAGCUUAUUGAUCAACAUGACGCGAUAUUUUUACUCAUGGACACUCGAGAAUCACGAUGGUUACCCACACUUAUCGGAAAGGCCUCAGGCAAGAUUGUGAUGAAUGCAGCUCUGGGAUUCGAUUCUUUUGUGGUUAUGCGCCACGGAGUUGCAGAGCCCAAAGACCCAUUGAAAGAGCUCGGUUGUUACUUCUGCAAUGAUGUUGUUGCGCCAGCCAACUCCAUCAAAGAUCAAACUCUAGAUCAGCAAUGCACUGUGACUCGGCCCGGAGUGGCUGCUAUAGCCUCCGCGCUCUUGGUUGAAUUAUUAGUCUCAAUACUGCAACACCCGGAGGGCGUUGCAGCGCCAGCGCCUCUGACCCAGCGCAAUGAUCGUGAGGAUGACCAUCCAUUAGGACUUGUGCCUCAUCAAAUUCGAGGGUUCCUUGCAACGUUUGAGAACAUUACUGUCACCGGAAAAAGCUACGCUUGCUGCAGCGCCUGUUCCGAAAAAGUUACCAGGGCGUACCAGGAACAAGGGUGGGACUUUGUGCGAAAAGCACUCAAUGAGCCUGGGUAUGUGGAGGAGCUAAGUGGGCUCAAAGAGGUCCACGAGAAAGCUGAAGCUGCGCUAGCCGACAUUGAGUGGGAUGAGGCUUCGGAGAAUGAAGAUGUUGAGAUCCUUUAA